CGAGCGAGUCCUCCAAUCAAGGCCGAAGCCGAGCCGCCUACGCCACUCCGCACCCGCUCUCCGCCGCCGCCGCCGGUCCGCACCCGCUCUCCGCCGCCGCGCCGAGAUGGGUAUCAGGGGUUUGAUGAAGUUGAUUUCGGAAGAGGCUCCAGAUGCGAAGAAGAAGUGGGAUUUAAGACAUUACUCUGGAAAAACUAUUGCCAUUGACACAAGCAUCUGCAUUCAUCAGUUUCUGGCUGUAAAUGGAGAGAUGAAAAAUCAUAACGGUCAACAAACAGGCCAUAUUCUAGGCUUACUUCAGCGAACUGCUAAAUUUUUAGAGGCUGGAAUCUAUCCAGUAUACGUUCUUGAAGGAAAACCUCCUAAAAUGAAGAAGGGAACACUUGAUGAAAGAAAAUUAAAGAGACAAUUAAAGAAACAGACUGCAGAACAUGAACCCAGAGGCAUUGCUGGGCUUCAGGCAGCUGAAGAUAUCAGGAGGACUAGUUCUGACUCUAGCGUUUCUCCACUAACAAAGAAACCAAGGGUUGACGUUGCUUCACGAGCCCACGUCAACGACAAAGAUGUACUUGAGGAUCCAAGUAAAGCUGCAAAGAUGAAAGAAUUGAUAGAAGGGACAACGAUGCUCACAAACACACACUCAAAUGAUUGUAAAAGGUUGUUUGUACUUAUCGGUGUUCCUGUCGUACAGGCUCCCGGUGAAGCAGAAGCCCAGUGCGUCCAGUUAUGCAAAGAGAGCAAGGCGCAUGCUGUUGCCUCGGAAGACUCGGACUGUCUUCCGCUCGGGGCGCCAUUACUUCUUCCGUUCUUCGGAACUUUAAGGCUGAUGGAUUUGUGGAGGAAUACAAUACCACCAAGGUGUUAAAGGGAUUAAAUCUCUCUCCGGAAGAGUUUCUUGAUCUUUGUAUUCUAUGUGGUUGUGACUACUGUGAAAAAAUUGAAGGAAUGGAGAGCAAAGAUGCAUUGCAUCUCAUUCGUGAACACCGUAGUAUAGAAGAAAUUUU